AUGUUCUUUAUUCUUGCCUUCUACUCCCUUUGCGGAAUCUCACUCGGCUACGACGCUGAGCCCCGUCAUGGACCUCCCUUAGCGGGAUCAUUGAGCUCAGUGGGGGCAGGAGAAGAGCAUUCUCCACCUAUUUACAGGCCUGGCUCGCAAGCUUACGUAGUAUCCCAGUUCGUGAAGCCAAAGCCGCCUCACCAGUACUGGGAAGAGGAGACAUCUCAGUCUCUCGUACCUGAGAAUCGCAACUGUUUGUUGUGUGAGAGUCAAGACUCGGGCGCGUGUCGUGCUAUGCCCUCGUGUGUUUACUGCGAGCCCACUGUCACUGCCCUGUGCGAGAGAAGUACACCCUGUCUGCGAUGCACAGUGAUUAAGAACCCGUUUUUCAAAUGCAUCCCAGGAGAGAAGUAUAUGGAUGAGUGCGAUUCCUGCCGAUGUACUGACGGCCACGGUGGUUGGUGUACGGAUCAAUUCUGCGAAUUCAGAGCGCUUCAUAUUUAUGCUAUGAAACUCUCGGAUGGAGAAUUUUACUGA